CAAGAUGGUCUCCUCUUCUCGACGCACCCAGCGAAAGAUUCACUUCACGGCUCCCUCCCACCUCAGGAGGAAGAUCAUGAGCUCGUCCCUCUCCAAGCCUCUGAGGGAGGAACAUGGAAUCCGCUCCAUCCCCAUCCACAAGGACGACGAGGUCCUCAUUGUCCGUGGCUCCCACAAGGGCCGUGAGGGCAAGGUCACCCAGGUCUACCGCAAGAAGUGGGUCGUCCACGUCGAGCGUGUGGUCCGUGAGAAGACCAACGGUACCUCGGUGCCCUUCCCCGUCCACCCCUCGAACGUUGUGAUCACCAAGAUGAAGAUGGACAAGGACCGCACCAACAUCAUCUCGCGCAAGGCUGCCGGCAAGGCCAAGGCUGCUGGAAAGGGUGACGUUGAGAUGAAGUCGGCUUAAAGAAGAAGGCAGACGCAUUGUCUCCUUUUCUCUUCUCUACAGUCGCUUCUCCGUCACGUC